CUACCCAGAAAUUGUAAUAAGAACCCAAAGAGAAAAAGAAUAGCAUAGGCAGAAACAUUCUUUCUAUUUUGAUUUUUUUGAAUUAAAGAACGGAGAUGUUGUGGAAGAUCGGAUUUAGAGGGACUACUUGGGAGGUUGAUGCUUCACAUUGCCAAGGAUGUUCUUCUCUCUUCACUUUCAUCAAUCGCAAGCAUCACUGCCGAAGGUGUGGGCGCAUAUUUUGCAAUAGUUGCUCUCAGCAGAGAAUGGUUUUGCAUGGACAUGGUGAUUCGUCCGUUCGCGUUUGCGAUCCUUGUAAAAAGCUCGAAGAGGCUGCUCGAUUCGAGUUGCGACAUGGAAGCAAAAGUAGAACUGGGAGAGGUAGUUUGAAACCAGCUGUAAAAGAUGAGGAUGACGUUUUGAAGAGGAUUGUAGUGGCUGACGGAAAGGAAUCAUCUUCAUCGGGAGUAACUUCAAACAAUGAAAGGACUUCGGGUGUUCAAAUGGAAUUAGGGGUGCUAUGCGUUCCGAUGUGCAAGUAGUUGCCAGUCAUGAUAGGGGAAGAGAAAUGCAUGAAAGUCAGUCUGUUGAUCAGUGUAUGCAGAAUGAUAUGGCGUCAAUCAGUCCCGAGACAUUGCGCCGGCAACGCAAGCAUUGGAAGAAAGAAGGAAUCAUACGGUUCUUAAAGAAGGGAAAUCUGAGGAAGCUCUUAGAGCCUUUAAGAGAGGGAAGGAGCUAGAGAGGCAGGCUGGAUUUUUGGAGACGACUAUAAGAAAAAACAAUUAAAAAAGUUUGCAAUCCGGCAACAUGUCCAGGAUCCUCAAUAAAGAAAUCCCUGAAGAAUCCGGCAGAAAAAACAAGGUCCAUAAUCCGGUGGGUAGGGAUAAGGAUGACCUAGCUGCUGAACUCAGGGAAUUGGGAUGGUCUGAUAUGGAUUUACAUGAGGAUAAUAAAAAGUCCAAAAAAUUGAGUUUGGAUGGUGAAAUUUCUUCUCUUCUUGGAGAAAUUCCGAAUAAGAUUAAUAAUGGCCAUGGCACGGACAAGACCCAGGUUGUUGCCAUUAAGAAAAAGGAUCUUUUGCUGAAGCGUGAAGGGAAGCUUGCAGAAGCGAAGGAAGAAUUGAAG